AUGAGCUCCUACUUUGUCAACCCGCUGUACUCCAAGUACAAGGCGGCGGCGGCGGCGGCGGCGGCGGCGGCGGCGGGGGAGCACAUCAAUCCCCCGUACUACGACUGUCACUUCGCGCCCGAGGUGAGCGGCCGCCAAGCCGCCGCUGCGGCCGCUGCCGCCGCUGCCGCCGCCCUGCUCUACGGGAACGGCGCAGCCGCCGGCAGUUUUCCGCACCCUGCGCCCGGUGGUGCGGGGGGCGGCGGCGGUGCGGCCGCGGACUUUUACCACUCGACCGGGGGGAGCCCCACGGCCGCCUACCAACCACCUCCUCCUCCCCCCGUCGCGCCUCCGCCUCCUGCCCCCUGCAGCGGGGUUACCUGUCACGGGGAGCCCCCUAAAUUUUACGGAUACGAUAACUUACAGAGACAGCAGAUUUUUACGACACAGCAAGAGGCCGAGCUGGUACAAUAUCCUGACUGUAAAUCGUCCAGUGCUAAUAUUGGCGAGGAACCAGACCACUUAAAUCAGAGCUCGUCUCCUGCUCAAAUGUUUCCCUGGAUGAGACCACAAGCAGCACCGGGUAGGAGGAGAGGAAGACAAACAUACAGCCGAUUCCAGACUCUAGAGCUAGAAAAGGAGUUCCUCUUUAACCCUUAUCUGACCAGGAAGAGGAGGAUCGAGGUGUCCCACGCACUAGGACUCACCGAGAGGCAGGUAAAGAUCUGGUUUCAGAACAGGAGGAUGAAAUGGAAAAAAGAGAACAACAAGGACAAAUUCCCCACUUCCAGACAGGAGGGAAAGGAAGGGGAGGCCAAAAAGGAAGCACAUGAUCUGGAAGAAGACAGAGCUGAAGGCCAGACAAAUUAAAUGUUGCCCUGAAAACGUUUGUGAAAGGCUAUGAAAAAUAACCAGCGCCCAAACAUGACAUCUUGGUCCAUCUUCCUUGUACGUGGUCCUGGCAUGGGACGAGUGACUCCAUGUCCCUCUGCUUGACAUUUCUCUGCUUCGAGUGCUUCAGUUACUAGUGUUUGGUUGGGUUUUUUUUUAAGCUUUGGUUUUAACCAUAUCUGAAACAGUCUCUAGAUUUAACAGUCCAUCUACUUCUUUUACAAAUUUGAUAAAGAGUUUGUUAAUUUUUUAUAUAUAUAUAUAUAUAUAU